ACACGACCAGCUACCCCCGUCCCCGUUCACGGGCUGCCUAUUUAUACACCGCGUCUUCGCCAGGGAAAGUGUGUGCCCGCUCGCUUCAUCGAUCCAUCGUCUUCUUCCUCUGCUCGCUCGCCAGCAAACACUCGUAAGUGCACGUACUCACGGUACAUCGCAUCAACAACAGAACAAUACACCAACCUUACUUGGGGAACAUCGUACGGUGACCAUGGAGGUGAAGGUGCUGAGCUCCAAGAUCGUGAAGCCGAGGUACGCCGAUGGCGCGGCACGGCCGGACACCACGGAGCACGUGCCGUCCUCGGUGUUCGACAGGGUCACCUACCACAUCCAGAUGGCCAUCAUCUACGCCUUCCAGGCGCCGGCGCCCUCCACGGAGGACAUCGAGCGCGGCCUCGCGCAUGUACUGUCCGUGUACCGCCUCUUCGCCGGCCAGGUCCGACCUGGCCCGGACGGCGCGCCGGGGGUGCUGCUCAACGACCACGGCGCGCGGCUCGUCGAGGCGCGUGUGGACGGGGCCACACUGGUCGAGUUCGCGCCGCCCAAGCCGUCGCCCGUCGUGCUGCAGCUGCACCCGGACCUGGAGGGCGACGUGCAGGAGGUGGUGCAGGUGCAGCUCACGCGCUUCGCCUGCGGCUCGCUGGCCGUCGGGUUCUCGGCCAACCAUGCCGUUGCUGACGGCCACGCCACCAGCGACUUCCUCGUCGCGUGGGGCCGCGCCGCGCGAGGGCUGGACAUCUCCGGCCCGUCGCCGACGCCGCCGCCGCACAACCACCCCGAUCUCUUCCGGCCGCGCGACCCGCCAGUCGUCAACUUCGAGCACCGCGGCGUCGAGUACUACCGGCCGUCGCCCAGCAACCCCAAGCAGAGCGAGGGCGGACACCACGGCGCCGACAACGUGGUCAUCCACAAGGCGCACUUCACCAAGGACUUUAUCGCCGGGCUGCGCGCCAAAGCUUCCGAGGGGCGCGGCAGGCCGUUCAGCCGGUUCGAGACCACGCUCGCGCACCUGUGGCGAACGAUGACGCGCGCGCGUGGGCUCAGCCCCGGCGAGACCUCCACCAUCCGCAUCUCUGUCGACGGGCGGCGGCGCCUGGCCGCCCCGCCAGGCUACUUCGGCAACCUCGUACUCUGGGCGUUCCCGCGGUCCACGGUGGGGGACCUCAUGAGCCGGCCGCUGAAGCACGCAGCACAAACGAUCCACGACGCCGUGGCCCGCCUCGACGGCGCAUACUUCCAGUCGCUGGUGGACUUCGCGAGCUCGGGCGCCGUGGAGCGGGAGGGGUUGGAGAAGACGGCGGAGCUGAAGGACGUGCUGUGCCCGGACCUGGAGGUGGAUAGCUGGCUGACGUUCCCGUUCUACGAGCUGGACUUCGGCGCCGGCAGCCCGAGCUACUUCAUGCCGUCCUACUUCCCCACGGAGGGGAUGCUUUUCCUGGUGCCGUCCUACCUCGGCGACGGCAGCGUGGACGCCUUCGUCCCCAUCUUCCAGCACAACCUCGACGCCUUCAAGCAGUGCUGCUACUCCAUGGACUAAAGAUAAACCAAUUAAGUUAUAUGAUCAUCGAGAUAAUUAAAACCGGCGAUCAUAUCGCUUGCAUUUGCGUGCAUGCAUGCAUUCAAGUAGUAGAGUAUUCUUCAUCUCCGUGUAUCGAUUGUAUCCCUACAUAUGUGUAUAUGGUGUACAUGCAUGUAAUACGUAAUGGUGUACAUUUUGCUUCA